AUGCUGGUUUAUGCAGAAAACAAACUCGAGUUCAUCGUUUCCGUGCUAUCGCUGGCUUUUUCUGUCGGUACCCUCAUGUGUCUGGCCAUUGUUUUUGCCGGAUGUACGUCCACUUCGUCUCCGAGUUACCUCUAUUUCAUGAAGGCUCGGGCCCUCGACUUUAGUCGGUCAUGGGGUGCCAUAAGAUUCGAUAUAUCCGAUCUUUUGGGCACAGUCACGAGCGAGGCCACCGAGGUGGGCAAGAAUGUAGCAGAUAGUGUCACUCAAUCAAGCGCAACCGUGCAGAUGGCACUCCCGGUGUAUGAUGCGAUUGUGCUCUGGGGUUACUGCCAAGGAGAGAAGGAUGACGCCCCUUAUUCCGACUGCUCGAAGCCUAAAAUUUCAUUUUCGUUCGAUCUUGUUGACAUCUUCCGUCUAGUCUCGCGAGAGAUGGACAAUGUGCUUCCUAGUGAAGUCAACAAUAUCUUUUCUGGACUCCCUAUCCUCGCAAAGUGGCUUGUAUCCACUUACAUGAUCGGCUUUGUUCCAACUGCUUCUGCUUUUGCACUAGGUAGCAUGACAAUUUUCUGUUCGCUGGAAGAUAACUAG